AUGCUACCGUUGGCUACAGAAAUGGAUUGGAUCCCAUCGAAAUCUGGCAUCAAAUGUUGGUUUCGUAGCAACAAUAAAGUCUACCUACAACUUCAUCAUGCCUUCCUGUCAAAUUUAGGACCAAUUCAAACUAUUCUACUCAUUAUCAUCGAUUUAGCCUUUAUAGUCAAAUUUCGUCAACAUUUUCAUCAGCACAUAAACAGGGAGAAUCAUACAGAUAGACAGAGGAAAGACAAUAAAAAGUUCAAUCGUUAUCGACUACUGUUUAUCUCAGCAGCGUCUUACACCCUACUGGCUACAGUCCAGUGUAUAUUCUUAUCGAUUGCUCGUUUGAGUAGUGUUCAUAUCAUCAAAUUUGAAAAAGGCCUUGCUUAUAAUGUCUCAGAUAUUUUAUGGUAUUUAAAUAUUCUCAGGGGAGUGUUAGACUUUGUCAUUUAUCAAAAAUGUUUUAGAAUCUUUGACGUGAUUAUCUUGAAGCUGUCUGUUAUUAGUUUUUGGCGUACACUGGCCACUAGGUCAAGUAGUCUUUACACUGGAACCGGAAUGACUACAGAGUAA